UCGAACCUGCAUCCUCAUGGAUACUAGUCAGAUUCAUUUUCACUGAACCAAGAUGGGAACUCCUGAAAGAACUAGGUUCUAAUUCUGACUUUUAUCACUAACUAGCUGAGUGACUUCAGGUAAGUCACUUAACCUCUCUGGUUCUCAUUAAAAACUGACUGAUCUCUCCCAGUCACUUUUAAUAUGAAUUGUCAGUGCUGUGAUGAGUUCUAACUUUUGGCUAAGUUGUGGUGAAUAGGGGCUACCCUGCACAGUUCCCUCUCUUCUGGGAUCUAGGUCUUUUGUUCCUCAUGCUUAGUCAGAGCCACUUUGCCUAACCAACUACCUACUCCAGGGAAAUCUCACAGCAAGGAUUCAAUAGUGAUGAGGGAGCUGUACUAAAACAACAUCCUCAAUAAGCCCAAGAGGAGAGAGAUCUGAUGAGAUUUGGCAUUAGUCAAAGCCUAGAACAUGUUGUUUCUUCCUUCUCUGGAGGAACUUCCCAGGCCUUCUCAGCUAAACCUUUGAUCUUAUUCCUUUCCUAGUUCUUACUCUCUUUCCAUUUACCUGACCCUCCCCUUCCAAAUCUAUGUUCACCUCCAGGCUGACAUCCAAGCUAAAAUCUGCCAAUGGAGACAGAGGAGGGUUCAUCUCCUACCAACAUAAAAUACAGUUUUCCUCUAAAAAGCACAACCAUUUUCCAUAUUUAUGAUCUUCUGUUAAUAACUCACAUCUUCCCCAGAAGGCACAUUUCUUUCUCUAUUCUCUUAUGUCAGAAGCACAUUCCAUGCAAUGAUCCAACUAUGGGCUUCUCUGGAAACUGCCAGAAUUUUUCUUUCUACCUUCCUUUUGUUUAUGAGAAUGGUUGUGGAUUAAUACAGACCCCAAAACAGGAGUUGCAGUGUGUAUUGCAUCGUUUGUCAUGUGAGCUACAAUGCAAAGGAAGCAGCCAGAGGUAACCAGAAAUGAGGAACAGGAAAUUUCUGAUAAACAAUUCUGGUGGUUAUCUAGAAGCUGAACUGAAUCAUAGAUACCAGAGUUUGGAAUUGCAUUUUGAAUUGGAGAAUUAGAGGUAACUGCCUCCCACCUGUAUGAUAGUAUCAAUUUAUUGUGAAAUUUGAGUAUGGUUUUAUAAGCAUUUAUUCUUUGGUAGUGCUAGAGAGUAUUUAUUUAUCAGGCUCCCAUGCAGCACAUUUGAAUUUGGAAAAAGAAAUGAUUAAAACAGCAACAAACUGGGUGCUUCUGAUAUGGAUACUAUUAUGGGUGUUAAUAGUAUUUGGAAGUAAGAUGAAUGAAGAUACUGUUUUACAGACUCAGUAUUCAUCAAUAAAAACAUGCAACUGGUAAAUUUAGCCCUGUAAUCAGGCAGUUAAGAAGAGUGAUUUCUGUCCUAUUUGUAUAGAAUAGAAAGUUAGAAUGGAUGUUUCUGUCAUUGGGCUUGCAUUGAGUAAGCUAGAUAAAAAUUGUUUAACUCAUCCGCCUCUCACUGGUCCUUUCUUUCUCUAAUUUGGGAACAGAAAAGCCCACAAUUAAUUUCACAUUCUGAGAGAAGAGAUGAAGGAGGAACAGUGAGGUUCUGGGAGAACUUAAAAUCUUUGCUGCACCCCUGACUGAUCCUGGUUUGUGCCUCUUCAUCAUGGAAGUAGCUCUUGUAUCAUUUAAAAAACUUGAGCAGUGUUCCCAAAGAGGCUUAUUGGUCUUACCUCUGUAGGCUCAUAAUUCCUUUAUCUGUUCUUGGGAGGAAAAAGCAGAGAGAGGCUUAAAAGCUGGAGGUCUAUGCACUCCCGUCUCCUUGUUCUUCAUUCUUAUCCAGGCAGAAAGGUAAUGGGACACGUCUCUAGCAGAGGGAGGUUUUCAGAUACUGAGGUUUUGUCUGAGACAACUGGUCAGAGAAGUUAGGAGGAAGAGGGAAGAGGGGGUUCAGGAGCCCCCUAUAAGUGGAUGCUGCUUCCCCACAGGACUGUGGGUUGGUCCACCUCCCUUCCUUCACACUUUCCUCUUCUCUCCCCUCCCAUUCAUCGGCUCUUUUUUGACCUUCACUUCGGCCCUUCAUAGUAAGAGGUCAGUAUGUUUUCACACUUGGGAAAUCUCAUUCAAGAAUUUUUGUCAAUGGACAAGUCAUAAGAAGCCCUUCCAUUUUAGGGCUCGUUGACGUCACCAAGGAGGCGAUAAAUAUCUGUUGAUAUAAUUGGAUGUGAGAUUCAGUGUUGAGAUAGCAAAAAUUCUGCCCCUCAUUCCCCGGCAGGGCCCUAUGAUUUAUGCAGGAGCAGAGGCAGCACGCAAUCGAGCUGUCAAGAGAGCGUCAGCUUAUUAGGCAAAUGCUGCGUUGUUUCUGAAGAGGGUCGACACUAUAAAAUCCCACUCCAGGCUCUGGUGUGGAGAAACUCAGAGCCCAAGUCCGUUGAGAGACUGAAGAGAAAGAGAAGAGGGAAAGAAGAACAGUGGGGACAGAAAGGAGAAGCAAAGAAAACCCUUGAAAACCCCAGAGACGUUCCUCUGCAGAGAGGCGCGGCGCGCAGCUCACCUACAGAAGCGCCUCAGAAGCGCCCCUAAAAUGCGGCUGCCACUGCUUGUGUCCGCGGGCGUCCUGUUGGUGGCUCUCUUGCCCUGCCCGCCAUGCAGGGCCCUCCUCAGCCGGGGCCCCGUCUUGGGUGCCCGGCAGGCCCCGCAGCACCCCCAGGCCCUGGAUUUCCUCCAGCCGCAGCAGCAGCCCCAGCAGCCGCAGCCUCGGCCGGUCCUACUCCGCAUGGGGGAGGAAUAUUUCCUCCGCCUGGGUAACCUCAAUAAGAGUCCCGCUGCUCCACUCUCUCCCGCCUCCUCGCCUCUCACCGGCAGCAGCGGCAACCGGCCGGACGAGGUGGCUGCCAACUUUUUCCGCGCGUUGCUGCAGCAGCUACCGCUGCCCCGGCGCCCGCUUGACAGCCCUUCGGGUCCCGCGGAGCGCGGCGCAGAGAAUGCCCUCAGCAGCCGCCAGGAGGCACCCGAGAGGGAGAGGCGAUCCGAGGAACCUCCCAUCUCGCUGGAUCUCACCUUCCACCUCCUCAGAGAAGUCUUGGAAAUGGCCAGGGCGGAGCAGUUAGCGCAGCAAGCUCACAGCAACAGGAAACUGAUGGAGAUUAUUGGGAAGUGAAACGGUGCGUUUGGCCAAAAAGAUUCUGCAUUUAGCACAAAAAACAAAAAUAAAAAAUAUUACAGUAUUCUGUACCAUAGCGUUGCUCUGAUACCAUUUGUUUAUUUUUAUAUAGCUUGAGAAGUAGAAGACCGUGCAGCAAGAGCGCUCCUACCCCUUAAAUAGCAUGCACAAAGUGUAUUCACGUGCCACAGGGCAACAAAAUGUAAUUUGUAUCGUCUGUGUUUAGUUUCUCUUUAUUUCCAGGUGUCUUUAAUGAUGUUUUAAAGAGCAAAUAGACCCAGGGGGAAAUGUUUUGAAGAAGCAGGCAUAAGUCACCCAAAUGAUUUUGUUGUAGUUUGAGCUAAAGAGAAUGUCAUUCUCUUGGGUGGGUGACAUAAAAUUUUGUAAGCUUGUUGAAUCAACUUUUCCUUGUAAACGUUUCAGUAAUAAAACAUCUUUCCAAUCCUUGGUCAAUUUGUUUGUGUAAGAGAAUGUUGAAUAUUUAUAUUUCUAAUAAAAGCUGCAAAGGUAAAGAUG